UUAUCUAUUUAUUUAUUUAUUUAUUUAUUUAUUUUUUUAAACAAAAACUUUAAAUUACAAUCGUCGUAAACGUGGGAUUCACUGCAGGGUUGUGGUGUGAAAGACAUUAGUUGAAUGUAGGUGAACGCCACACGGAGGGAAUUUAAACCGCCGCAAUGGUCUUAUUUUGAAGCGUCGGAGCGACACUUCCCGUCAGUGCGGCUGACUUGACGGCAGGCUGCGCCGAGUCUCCUUGCUGCCGCCGAUACAACGGUUCAGUGCAGGACUUUCUCCUCCAUCACUUCCUUCUGGGGAACAAUGUGUUGUCAGGCGAGGAGGUGUGAGGAGCCCGGCUCUUCGCUCCUUGUCGCAGCUCUGGAGCCAUGGCGGAGCGGACGCUGAGCGGGGAGCAGCGGCCGGAGCACAGCGGCUCCCAGAGCGGCUCAAACGAGGAAGGAUCCUCGGUACCUGCAGCAGACCACAACUGCUACUGACGGAGCACAAUGGUGACGGCUUCUAAACUUUUCCACACGUCUUCAGCUCUCGCCACGGAUGGCCGCUUCAACUUUUCACUCACUGGCAUUUCCCUGAUCUCGAUGGGAUCAUAGCGACGCAGAGUUUGUUCUGCUUUUCUCUUCUUGCGGGACGUGUGUCCUGUAGAGCCGUCUGCCUCAGGCGGAAAUCUGGCGCACCGUCCCGCAGUGGCUCGCAGAGCGCCUCCUUAAUAUUUCAAAGCCGAAUCAGUGGAGCUUAACAUGGGGGCAAAGCAGAGCAGCCCGACUGCUAAUCCAGCUGCUAACGGACGGACCAGAGCCUACUCCGGCUCGGACCUGCCCUCCAGCACGUCCAGCAGUAACGGCGGUAACAUCGGCCGGACCGCCGCCGGGGGGGUGAGGUUCCACGCGUACGGAGCGUCCGGAGCCUCCGGAGCCACGUCCAGCUCCAGCCAGCAACUCGGAGCCAGGGCCAGGUCCGUGGGGGGCUCCGGGGGCUCCGGGACCAGACCCCAGUCCGGCAUCAACAUUCCGAACAGCAGCGGAGCCUACAGUUCCCCGGAGUCCGGCGGCAGCAGCCCGGAGGAGGCGGCGGACAGGGAGCGUUCAGGCGGAGGGCAGGAGGCUCCCCGGCUGCUGAUAGGAUCCUUACCAGCACACCUCUCGCCUCAUCUGUUCGGAGGCUUCAAGUGCCCUGUGUGCUCCAAGUUCGUGUCGUCAGAUGAGAUGGAUCUUCACCUGGUCUUGUGUUUAACCAAACCCAGAGUGACAUACAAUGAGGACGUCCUGACCAAGGAUGCUGGAGAAUGUGCAAUUUGCCUGGAGGAGCUGCUACAGGGAGACACCAUCGCCCGUCUGCCCUGCCUCUGCAUCUAUCAUAAAGGGUUGGAAACUUUUCCAGUUUUAAAAUUAAAGCGGUCACAGCUGUGGAUAUGGUCAAAGUAGCAUGCUGUGGUUUACCCAGUCUGACAAUGUUUAUGGUUGGUUGUCUGUUAACAACAAUUACAGAGCUUCUGCAACAAGUAGAGACAAGCAUAAAGCUGUAUAACUUCACCUCAGUGUGGUUCAUAAUGUUGAUCAACAGCCACACCUAUUGCAGGG